GCCCCGCCCCCUCUACGUUAAUAUGAAUGGGGUCUAGCUGGUUUACCCAGGAGCCCGAGUACUCUCACGUCCCCUGGUAUAACUGAGUGGGUUUCAACAAUGAGCAGUGCAAUCAAUAUGCUCACAACAAUUACAUUGAAUCAGAUUUCAAUCUUCCAUUGCUAAGGGGAAAGCACAGCGUGAAAAUCUUCCAGUGAUUUCUAGUUUAUAAUCUGUUUUAUACAUCUUCAUACUUCGAAGUGGGCCCUACAGCAGCAAAAGUCAAACCAUUCGUAUCGUGCGGUUGUUAAAUCGUGGAGUCGUCGCCAUCAGGACAGUGUUAAACUGAGGGAUCUGAACAUCUCGAAACACAGCGCUAUCUUGACUAAAUAUCGGCCGACACUAUCCCGACCACACUCGGCAUGGAGCCCGGUAGUAUUCAACACAGCGGGUAUCUUACACCUGGAGACGAGAUCAACGUGCAGGGAGGGUUCACAGUUAACUUCCAGAAGAAACAUCGCAGAUUCUGGACCCUUCAGUACUUUGGAGAGGGCAAUCUCAUCCUCAACGGCUACAAAGAUGAAAAGUCAUUCAGGAGGUCGUCGUCGUCAUCGACAAACACGAAGACGUCGACGUUGGGUCGUCAAAGGAAACUUUCCUCGGCGCCGGUUGAUACGAUACGUUUAAUGACGUCACUCAAGGUAGAUAAGAUUGAGAUGAAAAUGCGGAAAAAAGUGGAGAAUGUUCUCGUCAUUGUCAGCGGAUCGCAUCCCAAAUUCUUCCGUCCAGAUAACAAGGAAGCACUUGAUUCAUGGCGAAGUGCAUUCAUGAAGUUUGCUAGUGACACCAGGUCAAUCAGGAGACGACCCAGAAAAACUCCAGAGCAAAAGUCACCGGAUUCGUCAAAUCUGGAACGCGAUAGCGGUGUCUCGACAUCCUUCGUGAGAUCGACCCGUGACUCCGAUCGUUCAUCGUCAUCGAGCGUUUCUAGCGAGGAGAUGGGCGACGAGCCCAGUCACCGUCACCUCCCGACUACCAUGUUAUUCGAUAUCGAUGACGACGACCACAACACAUCGCCCUUGCCAUCGCCGACGUUACGAGAACACGCCGGAAGAAAAGUGUCCAGGAGGCAAUCGAUUUUCUUCAGAAAUAAAGAUGGUACCUAUGAAGAGAUGGUUGGGUCACGCGAGUCAACGGAGAGUGGGUUUUACGAGACAACUUUACAUCGUAACGGCAACGACGACAACAGGCCAGAAUCCUCGUACGAUGUCCCAUCGCCAUCUUCAUCACCGCGUCAUACCAGCGCACACAACGGCAACGAUCAUGAUACCGACGACCACGUUUCCCCUGUGAGGCAUCUGAGGAAAUCGAAACACAGUUCAUCAUCGCUAGACAGCUCAAUACCAGAAGAGAGGGAUAGAGACUCCGAGGAUAUCAGGAAGAGGCUGGCCGAGUCACUCGGUGUGGAGAACUCACCGGAACUGCAAGAGAUUUUGAACGACGAUGGCAGUGUCCAUACGUACAUUAACCAAAGGCGUCAUGGACAUCUUCCGUCAUCUUCAAGUCCUCUGGCCAGUCCUCGAGUUCCCGCCAGACCACCGGUGCUUCCGCCAAGGAAGAUGUCAGUGUCAGCUUCCGUCAGCGAUACGGAAUACCAACUCCAUGUCGUUGAGGGUGCGCGCAGGAGAGCGGAAAGCAUGCCAAUCGGCGGUAUAGAUGUCCACGAUUUUCCAGACAGAAGCGAUUAUUUCAGAUCAAGUCGAGUACCGAUUCACGAGGACAUAAAACCCUACACAGAUAUCGAAGCACUGUUGGCUCAGCAGACGAGAGGCGAAAUCGAAGUCGAGAUCGAUAAAGCGGAUUUGGUUGAUUCGGUUGCUCUGGUUGACAUUAAACAAAAAGUCAUUGUCGCAGGGUGGAAAAGGGAUAUUUUUGGUAAGCUCCACGUUGGUGAUCAACUCGUUCAGGUCAACGAGCAAGUCGUUUCUCAGUCCGAGUGGGCAAAUACAUUCAUCAAAACAUCAUCCAAGACCAAGAUCGUAUUGCAUGUGAACCGUCUGCCCUUCGCAAAGAUCCUUAACUGUACACGAAUACACGAGGAGACGCUAUGGGGUAUCGAAUGCAAGGGCAACGAGAUAACCCACGUGAGGUCUGGUCCGGUGAAAGAAUCGGGGCUGACAGAGAAAUCCGAGUCGAGCGCCUUCUCGAAUAAAACGUGUGACUGGAUUAUUACAGAGGCUGCGAACAAACCGAUUCGACUCAACUGCCCUAAAGAUGAGAUGAUGCAGUAUUUGGCAACGAAAGACCUCGAUCUUCCCCUCGUUGUUCACCCCAAAGACUUCAUCCAUGACCUAACCAAGGCAUUAAACAAGCUGAAAAGAUCAUCAUUUUAUCAUGUCGGCUGAAGAUAUUCCACAAAAUAACUUGCUACCUACUCGGUAAAGUUGAAAGAAAAAAAGGAGUAUGUCGACAACGACGACGAUCAAGAGCAUGAUGAUAGGAUCGCAGUCGUGGAGGUGGCUAAUUGUCUGCCAUCACGAAGUUGACUUUACUGAAUCAAAGUCAUAAUCAUUAUCUCCUUGUUUCAUUCGGUGCUAAUUGGAUUUGCAAUUUUCAAUGUCAUUCUGGACAUCAAACUUCUUUCGUUGAAAAUAUUGUUCAAUGCAAACAUGCAAACAACAGAUUUUAUCUUAUUAAAUCUCUUUUGAAACGAUAGAAAAAGAAAUGACUUCUUAGAGUUACUGCAUACGACGAGAACUAGUGAGCCAUGAUCGUUAAGAAGUUAUUUCGCUCUGAUAGUAUGUAAUUUACCUGAAUUUGCUUACAUCUAUCCCAUUGUCUCUAUUCUUUGAUGAAAAUAGCUUCUCAAUACCACUGUUGAACAAUUGGUCUCGUAUCAAUAUAUUCAUACGAGAGAUAUAUAUAUAUCAUGUUUAUCAGAGUAAUUGUGAGAAAGAAAUGAACUUUUGCCUUACAUGAUUUAGCUACCUACUCAUUAUUUAUGAUUGUGUGAAGUGAAGCCGUCCGGUUGAUUGUUUACAAGUAAAUUAACUCCUAGUCGAGUACCAUGUUUAUUUGUUGAGGCAUUACAGUAGAAAUAGCAGAUAUAUUUAUUCACGUGUUUUUUAUAUUCACGCUUUGUCAACGAACAUAUAGGGAGUCAAAAUUUUGAUAUUGUCAUGAUUGUGUUGACACCCACUUCGUUGUAAAAUGUAGUUUUGGAAAAUGGUGUUCUUUGUGCUCUGAUAUCUAAUUAUCGUCCAGUAAAUGUGCUCUGAACUAUGGCCAGUUUUAUGUAUUCUAUUGUGGUUAAGGGACAGUGAGAUGAAAGAAAGAUGACAUAUUAAAAUAAUAUCAAAUUAUUCUUCUAAUGAAUGCCAUCUAGGAUUCGCGAAGCAUGUUGGGCACGGAUGGAGUGACGUGCUUACCUGAGAAGCUCCUGUUCAAACCCGCCAUCAUAAGUAUACAAUCGAAUGUACAUAGCUUUCUUAUUCCAAGAAAAGAUUAUAAAUUUAUAAUGUAUUUUACAAUUAUAACAACACUUGAAACAGAAUGUUGCUGUUAUCAGUACAGUAGGAAUGAUAUGAUUUAAGUCUAUCUACAAACGCUUUUGUGAAUCAAGGGGUCAAUCAAAAUUUUAGAUGCUGUUUCCGACCAUGGUGACACACUGUGCUAUACACUUUUGAUACUUUUAACAUGUGUUAAAAAUUUAAAAUACAUCUUUCGAAUUUGUUAUUUGCCUUUAUUAUUAACGCUCUACAUUUAUUGCCGUUUCUUUUGUAUUAUGUGUUCAUAUUUUCUUUUUCCACAUUUAUGAAAAAAUACUUCGAGAAUGCAAAUUAUUUCUUUUGCUUUUCGAUUUUCCAGAAAAGUCAGAUCAUAAUUCUGCACUUGAUAUCUUAACUGACAUCUCAACGACAACAGAGCUAUGUAAUACCAAUUUGACAAGCUGGUACAAUUAUAUUCUCUUCUGUUUGACUCACUGAAUUUCUAGGUUAAUAUUCUUUUUUUAUCGAACAAUCAUGUUCAUGGGCGUUCGGUUUUUAACAUGGAAUGCAAUAAUGCUCUCUUUUAAAACGAAUGUGAGGAUAACUGAAAUUGAAAGAUGUGUCAUUCUGUACAUAUAGUUGUAAAAUUUACUGUUUAUAUCAAAUGUCGCCGUCACAUUGGUACCAUUAUUACAUCUAGCGAAGCUAGAAAGACGUCCUAGAUCAUCGUCAGUAAUAGCAAUCAUACUAUUCGCUAGUCGAUAUAGAACAAUGUUGUAAAAAGAUUAUAUUGUCAGCUUUAGCAUUCAUUCUAAUCGCUAGUCGAUAUAGAACAAUGUAAAUUAUGUGCCUUAUUGUUUUGCCAUCCAAUAUAUAAAGUUUCUGAUAAUAC